AUGAUAGCACCAGACUCGCAAAGAUUAUUCGGUUCCUUUGAUGAACAGUUUAAGGACUUAAAACUAGAUUCAGUCGAUACAGAAAACAAUAACACACACGGUGUUUCUACUAUCCUGGAUUCCUCCCCUGCGAGCGUUAAUAACAAUACAAACGGUGCUGUUGCUGCAAGCGUGAAUACAGUCCCUGGAUCGACGUUUAGAUCCAAUACACCUCUUUUAGGAGGUCGACAUCCACUCAGUAGGACGUCUUCCUUAAUCGAUUCUAUUGGUAUACAGCGUGCUGCGUCACCAUUUUCUUCUAUGAAAGAGCCUUUUAUUCCUCAAAGUUCGGGAGUAAUGAGUUCCUCUUUUUGGCACGGCGACCAUCCUGAAUCACGGGUUAGUACGCCUGUUCAGCAGCAUCCACUAUUGCAAAGAAACGAGUCCUCCUCCUCCUUUAGUUAUGCUGCUAAUCUUGGAGUGAAUCUGAGUACACAUUCAUUGGCGGUAGAUAUUACUCCAUUAAGUACACCAACUGCUGCCCAAUCUCAUGUCAAUUUGUUUCCGUCCUCUGAUAUUCCUCCUAAUAUGAGCAUGAACGGAAUGUCACAACUCCCAGCACCAGUUUCAGUUGAAUCCAGUUGGAGGUACAUAGACACGCAGGGACAGAUUCAUGGUCCAUUUACUACCCAAAUGAUGUCACAAUGGUACAUAGGUGGCUAUUUUGCUUCAACCCUUCAGAUUUCAAGAUUGGGAAGCACUCCAGAAACGCUAGGAAUAAACGAUAUUUUCAUCACACUUGGUGAGUUAAUGACUAAACUCGAGAAGUAUGAUACGGAUCCAUUCACUACUUUUGACAAACUUCACGUUCAAACAACCAGCUCUGAUUCUAUCAACUUGAAUCUAGCUCCUUACGCAAGCGGUGUUGCCGCUACUGGCACUAUUAAAGCUACUGAAAACGAUAUUUUCAAGCCAUUGACACAUGACAAUAUCUGGGAUAUGGAUGGAGGUACCACCUCCAAGGGAGUCGAUAUUAAAUUAGCCUCAGCAACCACCAUUAGUCAAACAGAUGAAUCUCACAAGCAAGAAUACAAAUCGACCACUAUGCUGGAAAAAGGGAAGAAGGAAAAAUCCGAAUCUGUAGCAAAAGCGUUAUUGGAUGAACAAGAGAAACGGAACAGAGAACUCAAAAGGAAGGAAGAAGCUCGCUUAUCGAAGAAACAAAAGCAAAAAGAGGAUGAUUUAUUGAAGAAACAAAAGGAACAAAAGGAACAAAAGGAAAAAGAAGCUUUGGAAGCAGAAAAGCAAAAAAAAUCAGAAAAGACAAAAAAGGACACACAAACACAAACAGAAGGCUUUAAGACAUCAAAAGAUUUGCCUUCAUUAAAUUCCUCAAGCGCGAAUCCGGCACCAUGGGCCUCAAAAGUCAAAGUUAACAAUGCAAUCGAAACUUCAAUUAAAAAUGGUGUAAGUAGCACUGGAAAGAAGAAAGGAGAACCCUUAGGUCUACAACAGAGGAACAGCAAAGAAGAAAAGCAAAAGGAGGAACUAAAAUCCGUGCUUAACUGGGCUAACAAGUCCAGCCUACCAUCGAAUCAAACUAUUGAUAUUAAAUCUCAGUUUCAAAAAAGCCCAAAAGGGAUGAAAGAGUCGUCUCCGUUAAAGGAGUUGGAAGAUCCAAAUUUCAUAGAAGAGCAGAAAAAACUAUGGGAAAAGGUUCAGAGUUCUUCCAAACAAGUAAAGUCCACAUCCUCUGCAUCUACUACCACAUCUUCUUGGACUACGGUGACUUCUAAAGGGAAAGCACCUAUAGGAACCGUUGUCUCCCCAUAUUCAAAAACCAAUACCAGUUUAAAUUCUUCAUUAACGGCAAAAACUAGCACAACUUCUACUACCACUACCUUUGCUAGCAUGAACAAUGUUUCUCCCCGGCAAGAAUUUAUCAAAUGGUGUAAAUCACAGAUGAAAUUAAAUUCUGGAAUAACCAAUAACAAUGUCUUAGAACUAUUAUUGAGUUUACCUACGGGGCCAGAAUCUAAAGAAUUGAUUCAAGAAACAAUUUAUGCCAAUAGUGACGUUAUGGAUGGUAGAAGAUUUGCCACUGAAUUUAUUAAAAGACGUGUUGCGUGCGAAAAACAAGGUGAUGAUCCACUAAGUUGGAAUGAAGCGCUAGCUCUAUCAGGCAAUGAUGACGACGGCUGGGAAUUCCAAGUAGUGAGCAAGAAGAAGGGUAGAAAACACUGA